UUCACUUCAACGCGUUCGGUGUAUAAGAUUUCGGGCCAUUUAUUUAUUCGCAACGAAUGCGAAUGUAAAAGCGAAUUUGUUGGUUAAAAAGUGCGCGCCCGGUGCUAGAAAACAUUGCAACUUAACUUUGGAGACGAUUUCAGUGAGAGUGCCGAUUUGCCAGACAGCGCGAUUUGGCAUUUAAACCCCCUUUUAUUGUUUUUUUCGCAUCGCCAGCUUUUCAGCGGUGCGUUGGUGUGAGUGCGCGAGUGUGUUUCUGCCGCCAAUCCAAAGUUGAAGCGGAAAAAUGGAUGUGGCGAAGCUGGAGAAGAUGAAGGUGGUAGACCUGCGCAACGAGCUCCAAUCCCGGGGCUUGGACACCAAGGGAGUCAAAGCCGUGCUCAUCGAGCGCCUGCGGGCACAUGUGGAAGGAGGAGCCGGCGACGGAGAUAAUGCGCCGGUCACACCAAGCCGCCGUCAGCGUCGCACGCGAUCUAUGUCCCGCUCCCCAUCCCCCGUGCAAGUUGCCCCCGUGGCCGCCGAGCCCGUGCUCGACACUCUAGAGGAAGAGGAGCAGCCGGAGGAGAAGCCACCAGCACCCGCCGAACCAGUAGAGGAACAAGAGCCAGAGCCAGAACCUCAGCUGGAACCAGAGCCCAGUGUGCCAGAGGAAGCAGAACCAGAGGCCGAGGAAGAGGACACAACCACAAAUCAAGCGGCAAGUGAGGAGACGCAGGCCGAUGACUCCGAUGGAAAAACAGAACCAGAUGACAAGGAGGAAACCGUCGAGGAGGAAACUCCAGUUGCAGCAGCACAAGACCAAGUCGAUGAGCCCAUGGAGGAGGACAAUGUCGCAGAGCAUAAGGAGCAGACUUCGGCGGACGAGCCAAGCGACGAGCAAAAAACUGAAAAUUCCGUGGCUGAGCAUCAAUCAAAUGGUGACAGCCAGAAAAUGGACGUCGACGAGGAGGAGUCGGCUGCCCCGAAAGCGGAGGGAGCUGACGAGUCCGCUUCAAAGACGGAGGAUCAACCUCAGGAGCGCCGCAAGCGCUCGCACAGUCGUUCGCGAUCCCGCUCGCGCAGCGGCUCCCGCUCUCCCAAGCACCGCAGCAGCACCGGCGACAAGCGCGACUCAAAGGCAGCCGCCGAGGAGCGCACCGUUCCGGAGGACGAGCCCACCAUCGAGGAUAACAAAGUGGGACUGAGCUGGUUGGAUUCUGACCUGCAUUUGCGCAUCGAUCCGACCACGUUUACCUCGGCUAAGCCUCUCACCUCGGAGAUUUACUCCCUAAUUUGGUCGGGAGCUCGCUCAAACUUCGGAGUACGCGAAGGAAAAGUAUGCUUUGAAGUCCGUCUUUCUGAGGAGUCGGUGCCGGAGAGCUCCCACCACUUCCGGGAUGAGCCGAAUGUGCGAGGCUUCCGCGUGGGCUUCUCCACUCCCAAGAGCUCUUUGCUGCUGGGCGAGGCGGAACAUUCGUUUGCCUACUGCGAAACCGGGCGUAAAGCCAAUCAAAGCGAGUUUUCAGACUACGGCAAGCCCUACAAGCUAGAUGACGUGAUUGGGUGCUAUUUGAACCUGGAGAGCGAGCCAUGCACCAUUAAUUACACUCUAAACGGCGAGGAUCUUGGUGUGGCAUUCGAGUUUGAAAAGAGCAUACUGGGCGAGGAGGGAGCCCUGUUCCCGCACAUUGUCACCAAGGGCUACGAGUACUCUGUGAAUUUUGCAGACAACGAGCAGCUGUUGGUGAAUGCCGAAAGGCCAACGCGCAAGCGCCGCAAGCCGCGCAAAGAUGAGGAUAAGGACAAGGACGAUGAUAAGGAUGACAACGACGGCGAGAAGUGGAAAGUCUUGGACGAAGCCACCGCCGAUGACGAUGAAGUGGAAAAGAAGGAGGAAGACGGCAAGGAGUCCUCUGAAAAGGAUGAAGAGGAUGGAGAAAAAACUGAGAAAGCCAAAGAGGCUGAGUCGGAACCCAAAGCGGAGGCGGAAGUCGAAACCGAAGCGGAGGCUUCUUCCGAAGCUCCUAAGCCAGAAGCAGAAGCUACCGAGUCUUCGGUAACUGCUGAAACAUCUACCGAAGCCUCGGAUGAGGCGGCCACUGUGGCCAAUGGUAAUGCGGCUGAGAACGCCAACGAUGUAAAGCAACCCGAGGAAAAGAAGCCCUCGGCUGACAAUGAAGAGGAGGACGAGGACGGCCCUUCGCCCAACAAGCGGGUCAAGACCGAUGGAGAUUCUGAGAAAACCGAAUCUGAAAAAGAAAAGGAGAAAACCCAAACAGUUGAGGAUGAGUAUGAGGACGUUGUGCCCGAGCCGAGAGAUACGGCUGCUCUUUUGGAGGGCUAUGUAUUGAUCGGUUUAGUGCCUGUGGAGCAGCUGGUUCCCGGGCCGCAACGCGCCGGUUCUCGCAAGGAAUGCGAAGUCAUUUUGCUGGUCGGCUUGCCCGGAGCCGGAAAGACCCACUGGGCUCAAAAACAUGUUGCUGAGAACCCCGAGAAGCAUUAUGACCUGAUUGGACCCGAUUCAUUCAUUUCUAAGAUGACGAUCGACGGCGCAUCCCGCAAGACUGUGCACAAAGGCCGGUGGGACAAAGUGUACGAGAUAUGCUUGAACAGCCUGGCAGCCCUGGAAGAUAUUGCCAUGAAGCGGCGACGCAAUUUCAUACUUGAUCAGACCAAUGUUUAUGCCUCGGCCCAGCGACGUAAAAUGAAGGGUUUUAACGACUUCAAGCGCAUUGCGGUUGUUUGCAUACCCAGCGAAGAUGAAUUGAAACGUCGGAUCGCCGAAAAAGAGGAAAAGGGAAAUGCUUUUACAGUUAAAGAAUCAACAAUUAAUAACUUACGAGCCAACUUCACACUUCCCUCGCUGGAGUUUGGCUGGUUCGAUGACAUAAACUACACGGAGCUGACCGGCGACGAAGCCAAGAGCGAGGUCAAGAAGUACAACGAGAAGGGAAAGAAGGCCAUCGAUGCGGAAAGGUCCCGCGAUAAGAGAUCCCGUGGGGGACGCGACAACUAUCGUCGUGACGACCGGAACAGGAAUCGGUACAACGACGAUCGUCGACGCGAUUACGGUGGCCAGCGGCAUGAGAGCCGGUGGAGCGAUUCGAGGCGAGGAGGCGGCGGCGGUGGCGGCUACUCCAGCAACAGUGGCGGCGGCGGCGGAGGUGGUAGCCGUGGAUACGACAAUCGGCGCAGCUACAACAGCGGAAGCGGCGGUGGCCAGCAGAAUUGGGUGCCGAACAGUCGCAGGAGCGGCUACGACGACCGCGGCUAUGGUGGCGGCGGUAGCGGUAGCCGUGGCUACGACAAUCGAAACCGCGGAUACGGAGGCGGCAGUGGAGGUGGUGGUGGCGGCGGCGGCGGUGGUGGUGGAGGCCAACAAAACUGGAUGCAAAGCAACCGCCGGAGCGGGUACGAUGAACGCGGCUAUGGAAGCUCACGAGACUAUCGCGACAGAGACCGCGGCAACGACCGCAGUCGAAUGGGCAGCAACGACCGCAACAGGGGUAGCAGCCAGGGCAGCUAUCUCGGGGGCGGUACCCAUCAACAACGGGAUUUUCGGCCUGGCCACCGCGACACCAAAGAAGAUAGUCGCGGUGGCUAUGAGCGGUCGGCUGGUCAAUCGGCGCCCAAGUACGGCAAUAACACGGCUGCCGGCGGUGGCUACGAUCAGUACAAGCAGCAGGCGGGUGGAGCACCCGGAGGAGGCAAGGCCUCUCUGAGCGGCAAGUGGAGUACCUACAGUCAGCACCAUCAGCAGCAACAGGCGCCGCAGCAUCAGCAAACGGGCGUCUGGCAGACUCAGCAGCAGUCACAACAGUACCAGCAGCCACAGCAAGCGGCAGCGGGCCAGCAACAAUAUUGGGCCUACAACCAAAUGCAGGGUUAUGGCAACCAACAGGCUUGGCAGAGCGCCGAUCCCCAGCAGCAACAGCAGUGGAUGUCCUGGUGGCAGCAGCAGCAGCAAGGUUCUGGCGGAGCAGCGGCCGGUAAUGCCAGCGGCGGAGCGGGCGUGAAUGUGGGAGGCGCCGCUGGCAAUAAUGAUGGCGGUGCCACCAAUCAUUAUUGGUCUCAAUAUUCGUACUCCACACAGUCCAAUGCGGGCGCCGACAAGAAGUAGAAUGCACCCACUCUGCAGUCACGUUCCACCAGCCCAGACCCCUCUACGUUGUCCCGCGGAAGGAGGAAACCACAAAUCUGAACUAAACUUUAUAAACAUAGUUUUAAACGAUUAACAGAAACAGUAAACAGAAAAUUAACUUAGUUUAGCCAGUUUUAGGCGUAUUUUGCCGUUUGGGCUAGUCCAAACCACAACCAAACCACUAAGAGGGCUAUACCCCAAUCAAAUUCUUACCUAACCCACAGAAAAAUUGUGUACCAUGAAGACGAGCUAAUUCAUUAUAAAUUGAACCUGCAUAUUAACGUUUCGCUUUUCAUUUUCUAUGAAGCAUUUUCUGUUUUGACGGCGAUACAGAAAUCGCAAGAAACUCGGUCUUUAAUCUGACACUACGUAUCUAUCUAGGCAGUACAACUUGUUUUAACGUUUUAUUAUCAUUAUUGUUUUAUUUUUUACAAUCAACGCAAACAAUUGAAAGGAAUGCAUUAGAGAGGAAACAUUAACAAAUAAAUCUAUACAUUGAAAAAAUUUAA